CUUUUCUCUUGAUCUUUCAGAGUCUUCCUACGAGCAAUUAAUCAGUAUGCAGAUAUGCUGAACAAGAAAUUUCUUGAUCAAACCAACUUUGAGUUACAGCUUUGGAACAACUACUUCCACCUGGCUGUUGCUUUUCUCACCCAAGAGUCUUUACAACUGGAGAAUUUCUCAAGUGCUAAAAGAGCAAAAAUACUUAACAAGUACGGUGAUAUGAGAAGGCAGAUCGGGUUUGAAAUCAGGGACAUGUGGUACAAUCUGGGUCAGCAUAAAAUCAAGUUCAUCCCAGAAAUGGUGGGACCUAUCUUAGAAAUGACGCUGAUCCCUGAAACCGAACUCCGGAAAGCUACAAUCCCAAUCUUCUUUGACAUGAUGCAGUGUGAAUUCCAUUCUACGAGAAGCUUCCAGAUGUUUGAAAAUGAGAUCAUCACGAAACUGGAUCAUGAAGUGGAAGGAGGCCGAGGAGAUGAGCAGUACAAAGUGUUAUUUGACAAAAUCCUCUUGGAGCACUGCAGGAAGCACAAAUACCUUGCUAAGAGUGGAGAAACCUUUGUGAAACUUGUGGUCCGCUUAAUGGAGAGGUUGUUGGACUACAGGACCAUAAUGCAUGACGAGAACAAGGAGAACCGCAUGAGCUGUACUGUCAACGUGCUGAACUUCUACAAGGAGAUCGAGAGAGAAGAAAUGUACAUCAGGUAUUUGUACAAGCUGUGUGACCUGCACAAGGAGUGUGAUAACUAUACGGAAGCUGCCUACACGCUACUUCUGCAUGCAAAGCUUCUCAAGUGGUCUGAAGAAGCAUGUGCAGCACAUCUUACCCAGCGGGAUGGAUACCAAGCUGCUACUCAAGGACAGUUGAAAGAUCAACUCUAUCAAGAAAUUAUCCAUUACUUUGACAAGGGCAAGAUGUGGGAAGAGGCCAUUGCCUUGGGGAAAGAACUUGCGGAACAGUAUGAAAAUGAAAUGUUUGAUUAUGAACAACUCAGUGAACUCCUGAGAAAGCAAGCCCAGUUCUAUGAAAACAUUGUGAAAGUGAUAAGACCAAAGCCAGACUAUUUUGCUGUUGGAUACUACGGCCAGGGAUUUCCGACGUUCAUAAGGAACAAAGUCUUCAUUUACCGGGGGAAGGAGUACGAACGCCGCGAGGACUUCGAAGCACGGUUAUUGACUCAGUUUCCAAACGCAGAGAAAAUGAAGACAACGUCUCCCCCGGGCGAUGACAUUAAAAACUCCUCUGGCCAGUAUAUUCAGUGCUUUACUGUAAAGCCCAAGCUGGAUUUACCAUCCAAGUUUCACAGGCCAGUGUCGGAACAAAUCGUGAGUUUCUACAGGGUGAACGAAGUGCAGCGGUUUGAGUAUUCACGUCCUGUUCGAAAAGGAGAGAAAAACCCGGACAAUGAAUUUGCGAAUAUGUGGAUUGAGAGAACCAUCUACGUGACUGCUUACAAAUUACCAGGGAUUCUGAGGUGGUUUGAAGUCAAAUCCGUUUUCAUGGUUGAAAUCAGUCCCCUGGAAAACGCAAUAGAAACCAUGCAGCUCACAAAUGAUAAGAUCAAUAAUAUGGUUCAACAGCACUUAAAUGAUCCAAAUCUUCCCAUCAACCCUCUGUCCAUGCUGCUGAAUGGCAUUGUGGAUCCAGCGGUCAUGGGAGGGUUCACAAACUAUGAGAAGGCUUUUUUCACUGACAAAUACAUGCACGAGCAUCCAGAAGAUCAUGACAAGAUUGAGAAGCUGAAGGAUCUGAUCGCCUGGCAGAUCCCAUUCCUGGCGGAAGGCAUCCGGAUUCAUGGGGAGAAGGUGACGGAGGCACUGAGGCCCUUCCACGAGCGGAUGGAGGCUUGCUUCAGGCAACUGAAAGACAAAGUGGAAAAGCAGUACGGGGUCCGCGCUGUCCUUUCAAGUCUGGAUGACAGACGAGGCAGCCGGCCACGGUCUAUGGUGAGAUCCUUCACAAUGCCAUCAUCUUCAAGGCCCCUCUCUGUUGCAUCAGUGUCUUCCAUCUCCUCUGACAGCACACCUUCUCGACCUGGCUCGGAUGGGUUUGUGCUGGAGCCCCUCCUGCCCAAAAAGAUGCAUUCUAGGUCUCAAGAUAAGCUGGACAAGGAUGACCUAGAUAAAGAUAAGAAAGAAAAGAAGAAAGAGAAAAGGAACAGCAAGCAUCAAGAGAUAUUUGAUAAAGAAUUUAAAUCUACUGAUAUUUCUCUGCAGCAGUCUGAAGCAGUGAUCCUGUCAGAAACGAUCAGCCCACUGCGACCACAGAGACCAAAAAGCCAAGUCAUAAACGUCAUGUCAAGCGAAAGACGCUUCUCCGUCUCUCCAUCACCUCCCAGCUCCCAAGUGACACCACCCCCAAUAACUCCACGGACAAAGCUUUCUUUCAGCAUACAGUCCAACCUGGAGCUCAAUGGUAUGUCCAGCUCUGACAUCCCUGACGUUCCUCCUCCUCUGCCUCUCAAAGGAAGCAUGGCUGAUUAUGGGAACCUCAUGGAAAGUCAAGACUUGAUCAGCCCAACGACCUCCCCUCCUGCCCAUCAAAGGCACUUGCCACCUCCGCUCCCCAGCAAGACUCCCCCACCUCCUCCUCCAAAGACAACUCGGAAGCAAACGUCGGUUGACUCUGGGAUUGUCCAGUGAAGAAGGAAGCGGGUGGUUUUAUUUCCAAAGAUAAAGCUGUAACAAUUCAUUUCCCUAAGUAUUUUAUGGUAUAUAACGUUUACCUCAUUCAGGCGUGCAGUAUCUAACACUUAGUGCAAUGACUCUAACUCCGUUAAGAAACCCAUUCGUGUCGGAAGCAACACUACAUCUCCCCUCUUUCUGGGGUUAUUCCCUCCCAUGACUUGAAAGAAAUCUGGUUUUCUACUUGAGACUGGGAGGCUUUUAUCAUCUGACAGUCCCCUCUUCCUAAACCUGCUCCCUGCUUCUCCUGAAUAACUUCAGGCACAUAGGUAGCUGUGGGGAUUCAAAUGCGAGCUGAAUAUUUUGUCUCUAAAGCGCUUAGGUAGCUGUGGAGUUUCAAAUGAGCUGAGUAUUUUGUACCUAAUCUCGGUGUAUAUAGGAAUUGAUGAUGAUAUUCACAUUGAAUCCAGUGCACGUUGGAGUAGGCUUCCCAGGAAGGAGAAGCUGCCAUGGGAUAUCCCCAAAUAACGGUUGUGCCCGGGGCUAAAAAUCAGGCACGUGCCUUCUCUUUAGGCACAAAUAAACUGAUUGCUAAUGGGGUUUGUAAAACGAGUCAUUGGUGAUCAGACAUUUCCAUUCUCAUUCAGCUGGCCCUUCUCCUGGGGGUUGGUCAGUCAAGGAAGCCCUUUAGCUCCUGACGGGCACAUAGGAAAAGAACCAGAGUAGGCAGAUAGGAGACUCCUGGUCAUUCCACACCUAGCAGGUGAGUACAGGAAUGGGAAGAGCUUUUUCUUUUCUUCUCUAAUGUGUAAUAUUUCAUGUGGAUUAGGAUGAACUGAAUGGAAUCACUUUGUCCUUGUGCCAUCAUUCUGUACAGCGUUUGUAUAUAUGAUGGUUUUUAGAAUGUUUUAAUUUUUAUGGUGCCUGCUUUUUAUGUAAUAAUGAAUUAAUGUACCUGCAAAGAAGGCCUCACCUAUUUUUAAUUCCCUAAUGCUGAAAGUGUAAAAAAAAAGGCUUUUUUUUUUUUUCUAGAUAUUAAGCUCUGAGAAAUAUUGGACAAUGAUGGGAUGGGGUGUUGGGAGGGAGGACAGGAACUAACUUUGUACUCUAGCGUUUUUUACUGUCAUCACACCUUUGUUUUUUUACUAUCUACAAUCUUUUUACUCUUAUGGUAGAUUGUUUUUAAAUAUACCACUGACUCAAAAAAAUAAAAUACUAUUUUGAAAA